AUGUCUUCGUUUAGGAGAACCAUAGACGAUGGUGAUGAAGAUGAUGAAGAUGAGUUGAAGUAUCAACGGGAUGAAUUAGUCGAUUUUGAAACUCAUAAUGCCAAUGCAAACCCAUCCAAUACUAAAAAAGAGGAGAGAUUAGUCAAUUUGAUUUUAGAUCGUACUGCUUUCAUACGUGGGAUAGGUAAUGUUAAAAGAUGGUUUAAUGAUGAAUAUGUCAAGACUAAUAUGAAUACCAGUAAAGGUUCCAUAACCUUAAAUAUUUAUAUCCCUUCUUAUACUUUACAUGAAUUUGAUUUCGCAAAGAAAGGAAUGUCAAUGCUGGCAUCCAAUGCAAGAGAAGCUUUAAGAUUCAUUGAUAAAUUCAUUGAAUCAGAAGGUGAACCCAAGGAGAAUACAACGAAUCCCAUCUUAUACAACUUAAUAAUUGAAGGUCCGGGCGAAACAGUUGAAUGGAAAGAAUGUCUCAGGUAUAAAGUUCAUUCUCCAAAAGUUAAAGAAUUUCCUAAUUUUAAAACUAAAUUUGAUUAUUCAGCCAUUAGUCAAUCAUAUGCUCAUAAUACCAAUGCAAACUCAGAUGAUUUCAAUAGUAGUUUAUCCUUAAGAGAUAGUAACAAGAGAAAUGAUAUUCAAUAUGAAAAUUCAGAAUCAUAUCAAAAUGCUCUUAGUCAUUCUGAUAAUUUUGCUGAAAUGCCAACUCGAUUACAAGAUUGGAAACUUGUGACUGAAGAUCCUAUUACUAAAAUUUGGGCCAAGAGUUUUGGAAUCGAUUGUGUUAAUGUUAAUGAAGCUGAAUUAUUAAUGUUUCAAAAUUAUGAUGUCGAUAAGUUUAAAAAUUAUAAUAAUUUCUCAAUGGAAGAAGAAUAUGAUCCAUUUAAUGAUAUUUUACAAAACACAGUUGAUGCAACCGCUUAUUCAUAUGCAAAUAUAUCAGACGUUACCCCAGCUCCCAAUGUCACUGGAAAGAAAAACAGACCCGUUCCAAUCCGUGAAUAUGUUUCAAAGGAAAGAUUUGACGCUAUAAAGUUUGCUCCUAGAGGUCGUGGACAAUUAUGGAGACCAGGAUCUUGA